AUGACCAUCAAACCGUACGUUUUCACAGCAGGAGCUGUCAGUGCUUUGGGUUUUGCCCUUCAUGUGUCAUUGGGAGGCAAGCAUAUCGUAACACCUCUCUUAAAGAAGCAUGAAGAGAAACAAUUGAAUGAAAGAGUCGUUAAUUUGCUUCAUGCUUGUUGGCAUAUCACUUCUCUCUCAUUGGCAGCUUCUACAGCCGUUCUUCUCUCCUAUGCCUUGGGAAGAGACUAUUUGAUGGGAAAGAGUAUCAAGCUCACUCCGGAACUCAUUGAAUUUGUGAGCGAAUUGAAUCUUGGUGCAGCAUUGGUGGUUCUGGAUUUCUCCUUGUUUGGAGUAGUUGAUCAAGAGAAGGAAGCUAAUUUGGAAACCAAGCAAGUGGUGUUGCAUCGAUUGACAAGAUUCCCUCAAUGGAUGGCAUUUGGUGUGAUUGGUCUACUUCCACUGAUUGAAAAAAAGUAA